AUGAGUGACGAUAUUGAAAACCAAUUAAUUGAUAAGUUAAAAACCAGACAUUUUUCAAUACAAAUAGAUGAAUCGACCUUGAGAGACAGUGGGGCUGUAUUGCUGGCAUAUGUACAAUUUAUUGAUGCAGGGCAAUUUUCUGAAGAAAUGUUAUUCUGCGAAAGACUGGAAGACACUACUAAAUCCCAAGACAUAUAUAAUAAGUUAACAAACUAUUUAGAAUUGAAGAACAUAUCUAUGAAAAAUAUAACAUCUUGUGCUGUUGAUGGUGCUCCUAACAUGAUGGGCAAGAAAAAUGGCUGCUUGAAAUUGAUUAAAGAUAUAAAUCCUGAAAUGGUUAUUGUGCAUUGUGUAAAUCAUAAGGAACACUUAGUUGUAAAAAAUAUCUCGCCUGUUCUAAAUGAGGUAUUACAUGCAGUUAUAAAAUGCAUUAAUGCUAUUAAAGCCAGUGCCAAAUCUGAACGUCUUUUUAGGCUGUUUUGUGAAGAGCAAAAUGAAAGCUAUGUGAGACUUUUGCUUCAUACUGAAGUAAGAUGGCUUUCCAAAGGAAAUUGCUUAAAUAGAUUUAUGCAACUCUUCGAUGUUUUAAGUGAAUUUUUAAAUGACAAACCUGAAAUGAAGAUUUUAUUAACUAUCGAUGGUAAAGCGUUUGUAAGUUAUUUAACAGAUAUAUUUGAAAAAUUAAAUAUAUUAAAUAAACAACUCCAAGGACCAAAUAAAACACUUGUCGAUGCGAAAGCGAAGAUAUUUGGUUUCAUUACAAAUAUUGAAUUGUAUAUAAAACAAGUUAGCAACAGAAAUUUCUUGGAAUAA